UUUAGGUAUGUGUUCCCGACCGUGUUCGCCAAAACAUCGUGUAUGAUGAACCCGAUUAUUUACGGCCUGAGCCACAAACUGUUAAGGCGGGAACUUCUCAAGUUGCUGAGGACUUGCUGCUGUGUCGACAAGUCAGACGACAUCCGGGACCUGCAGGAAACUCGAAAACGGUUCGUCGAGGGAACGUAUGACAAGGAAGGCAUAUACGUUGGCAAAGUUCGUGUAGGCCUAUGCACAUGCAACGGCUGUGUGGUUGGCCGGCGAGAGGUGAGUUGACUGAGUUAGGUUUGAUCUCAUUAUCAUCAUCAUUAUAAUAACAGUCUGGAUAGAUAAGCUUUCGGCAAUAUUAAAAAGAUUUCUGAAUAUUUCAAGACAAAAAAAUCAAGAAAUAUUACUUCUGAUUGUUUUUUUUUUUUAGCUAAAUGUAAGGUUAACAUUCA